AUGCAAGAAACCAGAGCCAAAGAAGCAAGUGAAUCCAGCAGCGAGAGCCAAGAAUCGAGCAGCGAAAGCCAAGAAUUGGAGAGCAGAAAAUGUGAAAAUUACACAGAGCCAGCAUCUACAAAUCCUCCUCCACAGCGCAGGCUUGUGAGCCUCAAAACAGAACAAACUAUCAAAGGACCAAAAUUCACAGUUUUGACAUACAACAUUCUGGCAGACAAGUGGAACGAAUCGGACAGGAAACACAAAGCCUGCCCAGCGGCUGCACUGGAAUGGAAUAACCGAAAACACAAGUUGGUCUCUGAAAUCAUUGCAUACAAUGCCGAUAUAAUUUGUCUGCAGGAAGUGGAGGAAGAGCACUACAAAAAAUACUUCUUAAACCAGUUCAGAAAUCACGGAUAUGAUGGGCAUUAUUUGGCAAAACCUUCAGGGAACCCUAAAGAAGGCUGCGCCACCUUUUUUCUACGUGAAAGAUUUUCUUGCAUGGAGGAAAUUGAAGUGGUGUAUGGGAACCAGGAAUUCUGCAAUUUGGUGGGCGAGAAACUUUAUUUAACGGGACAUGAUCCGCAGUCUUAUCAUCCCAAGUCUCAUUCGAAGCCUACACAGAAAACACUUAGGCGAUUCCGCGCUAAUAACAUAGCUUUGAUUCUUUUGUUGAGUUUUGAUUCGAAUCUGAUUUGUGUGGCCAAUACCCAUGUGUUGGCUAAUAAAGAUCUACCAGAUGUGAAGAUGUGGCAAGCUUAUUGUCUGCUACACAAAUUAGAAGAAAUUUCAAUGGAGAAAGGGAAUGAUGAUAUGCCCAUGGUGAUCUGUGGUGACUUCAAUUCUUUUCCCAGAAGCGCAGCCCACUGUUUACUGGUGGGCAAUGAAAUUGAUCAGAAUCACACACAUCUUGAGGCUGGUACAAAGUAUAGGUUUGAUGUAAACAAGUUAAAGAGGAGAUCUAUUGAAUUGUCCAGUGCUUAUUCUGCUUAUUUUGAGCAAGGAGUUUCAGAUUGUGGUGAUGAAAAUGAUGAUGUGAUGAAGCGUUGGAUGAAUCCGGAAACCAAAGAGCCCGUGUUUACUCAUUAUGCAUCUGAUUUUCAGGAGACUUUAGAUUAUAUAUUUUAUACCCACAACAAUUUAGAGGUGGAAAAAUUAUUGGAGGUUGUGGAUUGGGAUACUGUGUCUCAGACGGAGGACAAAUAUAUUCCUUCUAGUGGAAAAGAAAAAGAAAUACAUCAUAGUGGAUGGGACACUGGGGAUACUUUAGAUCUUGUUGAUGAAUGGAAAAAAUCUUAUGAUUGA